AUCUCUAGAUCUUAAUCACAUAAAUCUCAUGGCUUCCAACUCCCUAUUCUUCUUCUUCUUUACAUUCCUAUUCGGCACCAUUCUUCUUUCCAAUGCCCAACUCUCUCCCACUUUCUACGACGCAACUUGUCCAGAUGCGCUCGCAGUCAUUAAAACUUUGAUUCAACAAGCCGUGGCCAAUGAGACCCGAAUGGCUGCUUCCCUCAUUCGCCUUCAUUUUCACGACUGUUUUGUUCAGGGAUGCGACGCUUCCGUCUUGCUAGACGAAUUAGCUACUCCCACGAGCGAAAGGACCGCGUUGCAAAAUAAUAAUUCGGCUAGAGGAUACGAGGUUAUUGAUGCUAUGAAGGCUGAGGUGGAAAGAAUUUGUCCAGGAAUUGUUUCUUGUGCGGAUAUUUUGGCUGUAGCAGCACGUGAUGCAUCUGUUGAGGCUAAUGGUCCGACAUGGACAGUCCAACUUGGGAGAAGAGAUUCUACGACAGCAAACCGAACAGAAGCUGAAGCCAACUUACCCCGGUUCACAAGCAGCCUUGACGAACACAUUGCCAAUUUUGAUGGAAAGGGUCUCAACGUUAGGGACUUGGUAGCCUUAUCAGGUUCUCACACAAUUGGACAGGCACAGUGUGUAACCUUCCGUGGAAGAAUAUACGACAACAACAGCGACAUCGAAGCUGGUUUCAGAAGCACCCGUCAAGGGAAUUGCCCAAACACUACCGACGGUGAAGGCAAUGGAAAUCUUGCACCUCUCGAUUUGGUGACACCAGACUUAUUCGACAACAACUACUUCGUAAACCUAAUCGAAAAGAAGGGUCUUCUUCAAUCUGAUCAGAUACUUUUUAGCGGGCAACAAACCGACAGUAUUGUCACAGAGUAUAGUAACAACCCCGAGACUUUUAGGGUUGAUUUUGCCAAUGCUAUGGUGAAAAUGGGUGAUAUUCGUCCCCUUCUUGGAGAUGCAGGAAUCAUAAGGAGUGUUUGCAGCACUCUUGAAAUGAAUCCUCAAGCUAUGUAAUUUUACAAUAAAUUUCCUAAGUUUGAUCAUUUCUGUAUUAUGUAAGUGUGGCAAAUCAAUAAUAAAUCAUAAAUGAUAUUUGUAUUACCUAAUUAUAUC